AUGGUGCGCUACGACGGCGAUCUCGGCAUCCCCAACAACUUCCUCGUACCCCCGCCGACGCUCUCGCGCGUGAGCGAGGAGUACCUCUGCGGGAGCGGGGUCCGGAUUUUCGCGUGCUCGGAAACGCAAAAGUUUGGCCACGUGACGUACUUUUGGAAUGGCAAUCGGAGCGGAAAGCUGGAUGAGAACCAGGAGACCUUCCAGGAGAUCGAGAGUGACCGCGUGCAGUUCAACCUGAAGCCGCGGAUGAAGGCGACAGAGAUCACGGAAGCCGCGACGAAGGCACUUCUGAGCGGGAACUACGACGUGGUCCGGAUCAACUUCCCGAACGGCGAUAUGGUCGGGCAUACCGGCGACCUCGCCGCGACCAUCACCGCCGUGGAGGCCGUCGACGAGGGCCUCGCGAAGCUCGCAAAGGCGGUGGACGCGGUGAACGGCAUCUUUUUGAUCACCGCCGACCACGGCAACUCCGACGAUAUGGCCCAGCGCGAUAAAAAGGGAAAGCCGCUCAAGGGCCCCGAUGGUGCCGUCCUUCCGCUCACCUCGCAUACGCUCUCUCCGGUGCCGUUGUUUCUUGGCGGCGCCGGCCUCGACCCUCGCGUGGAGUUCCGCGUCGACCUCCCGAUGGCCGGCCUCGCAAACGUCACGGCGACCUUCCUCAACCUGCUCGGGUUUGAAGCCCCGGAAGACUACGAGCCCUCGCUCGUCCACGUUGUUGAAUAA